AUGGGCACUCAGUCCAUGCCAGUGUUCGCCUGUCUAGACCGUUGCGUGUCAGUCCAGGCCACCAUUCGAGCGGACACGCUGGAGUUCCUCAUAGAGCCUCGAAAGGGCUUUACUCGCCGGCUAUGGCGGAAACUCGACACAGACGGCGUGGAGGCAAAGCCGGGUAGCAGUGUCUGGGUUUGCUCGAAGAACAGUGACAAAUCGGACCUGCUCCUCGCUCAAAUCAACAAAGCACUGGUAAAAGACAGCACAGAAAGGCGCAUAAGAAUCUUGAUUUACAAAGACGCGCACAUCCGCAACAGGGACAAUGGCAACGAGCGAAGAAACCUGGCGGAGGCGGAAUCGGAGGAGGGAACCACAUACACGGGUAGAGUGACUACAAGCACCAAACAGAUUGACAUGUUACAAGUUCUGAAUGACGAAAGUAUCUUUGAGGAUCCGACACAAUGCCACUUUGACUUUGAGGAGGACGGAGAAAAGGACGGAGAAAACUUUCUUGUCUUGGUUUCUGCAACACCAUGGGUCCGGGACAAGCUGAAGCAUGCCGUCUCCAAGUCUGCAAAGCGAAUAACACUCAAGCAAUUGGACUACCAGAUAGAAGAGGAGCCUGUGGAUGCGGUUCCUCAGACUUAG